AAUAGUCCCGCCUCCGCUCUGUGUCAUCAACCAGGAAGUUGGGAAGUAGCGGUAGGUAGUUAGCAUCGGCUAGUCGGUGCUAUUUGAGGUGGUCGGGGCUCUACCGGAGACACGAUUCGUUGAACGCGGUGUUUUAACGCGAUAUAAAGUCAGAUGACGCUCUGAGGAGGACUGCAGACGGAGUCGAAACAUGUCAGCAAGAGAGACGAAGAUUCCUGAUGAGGCGGUGUAUUUGGGAUAUCUUGUUGCCUCCAUCCCAGUCGGAUUCCUCUUCCGUUACCUCAGUCCGCCGGUGAAGCAGGGAGCAGCUCUCCUACUGGGCCUCUCCGUCACCGUAGCAACCUGUAACAUCCACGCCCUCCACUCCCUGGUGACGGUGAUCGGGACGUGGAUCAUCAUUAAGAGCAGCUGGCGACAUGCCCCAGCUCUGUGUCUCAGCUGGACCUUCCUCUACCUCCUCUUCUUUCGUUUGGUCGAUUCGUUCGGUCUGCCCAAACCGUCGUCUUUUGCCAACGCCAUCCAGCUAAUCCUCACGCUGAAGCUGGUGAGUCUUGCCAACGAGGUGAAGAGUUUCCACGUGGAGAAGAAACAGGAAGUGAGCUCUUUCUCCAAGUCUCCGGUCAUCGGUGGUUUGUCUCAGGAGCCGUCUGUCUACGACAUUCUGUCCUAUAGUUACUGUUAUUUGGGUUUAAUGACCGGUCCGUUCUUCCGGUUCCAAACCUACGUGGACUGGUUGAAGCAGCCCAGUCCGCUGUCUCUGCCCGGCUGGACUCCAUGUCUGCAGCGUCUGAAGCUGGUUCCCGUCUACGGAGCUUUAUUCCUGGCCGUCAACUCACUCUUUCCACUGAACUAUGUCCGCACGGACGAGUUCCUGGAUCAUAACUUUUUCUUCAGGUUCUUCUACAUGGUCGCCGUGUUCUUCGUGUUCAGGAUGCGGUUCUACGCCGCCUGGUGUGGAGCUGAAGCCGGCUUUAUCAGCGCUGGUCUGGGCUGCUACCCAGAAAAAGCUCUUUCCAAACCCGGAGGAGGACCCACCGUCAACUACAGUCCCGAUCCGUCUGCUGAAAAGAACUACGACUUCAGAACCAUCCAGAACAUCGACUGUUACAACACAGACUUCUGCGUGAAGGUCCGACAUGGGAUGCGUUACUGGAACAUGACGGUCCAGUGGUGGCUGCAUCACUACAUUUACCCCAACGCCCCCUUCAGGGCCUACACCCUCAGAGCUGGAUGGACCAUGUUCAUCAGCGCCUACUGGCAUGGCCUCCACCCUGGCUACUACCUCUCCUUUCUCACCAUCCCGCUGUGCAUCGCUGCAGAGUCGUCCAUGGAGGUGGCGGUCCGGUCCAGACUGGGCCCAGGAGGUCAGAAGGCCUUCGACUGGGUCCACUGGUUCCUGAAGAUGAGGGCCUACGACUACAUGUGCAUGGGCUUCGUGCUGCUGAAGGCCUCCGACACCAUCGCCUACUGGACCUCCAUCUACUUCAUCAUGCAUGUGGUUGCCCUCUGCUGCAUCAUAGCCGGGAAAGUCCUGAAGGGAGGGAAGAGAGAGCAGAAGGUGGAGAAGCCUGCACAGAAGACAGACUGAGAACUUUAAAUGAACAUCUCACAGCUCCAAGGAGGUUCCUGGUGAGAGAACCUGGUAGGAUGUCACCAGAGGAGGCUUUUCUCAUCCAGGGGGAGUUUAAGCUCCAUGAAUGUUACUUUUCUAGUUAGGUUUGUGUUUAUUUAGUCUCAUGAACUUAAAAUCCAGAUGUUAGAGAUCAGAGGAACAUUCAGAGAGGCGACAGGAAGUGAACUUUAGAGACCUUAGAGGCAGGAGAACAUCUGAUAACUUCUCCUUUAUUAGACCAGAUGAGCUGUGUUGAUGAAUUCUCACAGCUACUUAUUAUAUUUUUAUUUAUUGGCCUCCACAGGGGUUAAAAUUAAAAAGUUGUAGAAUAGGGGUGUCCAACAUGCGGCCCACGGGCCAAAAGCGGUCCUCCAGAGGGUCCAAUCCGGCCCUCAAAGUGUAAAAAUUCCAGAGAAGACAUUAGCUGCAGAUUGUAAAUUGGUAAAACUAUAAAUUUAAAAUAAUUUUUAGACCAUGACAAGUUGUUUGGAUCCUAAAGUAAAAUACUAGAUUGUUCUUUGUUCUUUUGUCAUUUUGUGUCUCAUUUUUUUGAAUAUUUUGUCAAAUUUUUGUCAUUUUUUUCUUGUUUUUGUCAUUUUGUGUCUAAUUUUUGUAAUAUUUUGUCUCAUUUUUGUGAUUUUGUGUCUCGGUUUUUGAAACAUUUUGUCUCAUUUUUGUCAUUUUUUUCUAAUUUUGUCAUUUUGCCUCAUUUUUGUCAUUUUGUGUCUCAUUUUUGUCAUUUUGUUCCUCAUUUUUAAAAUAUUUUGUGACUCAUUUUUGUAAUUUUUCUCAUCUUUGUCAUUUUGUCUAAUUUUUGCAAUAUUGUCUCAUUUUUGUCAUUUUGUUUCUCUUUUUACAAUAUUUUGUCUUGUUUUGGUUGUUUUUUGUAUUUUUUUGUCAUUUUGUGUUUUGCUUUAUUUUGUGUGUCAUUUUUUUUGUCUCGUUUCUGUUGUUGGUCGAUUGUUUUUGUCAUUUGGUUUCUCGCCUUUCUCAUUUUUUGUCAAAUUUUUGUCGUUUGUCUAUUUUCUUGUCGCUUUCUAACUUUUUUGGCCAACUUUUAGUUUUUUUGUUUUGUUUCGUGUCGUUUGUCUCAUUUUUUGUUGUUUUGUGUCUCGUUUUUGUUGUUUUUUGUCUUAUUUCCUACCGUGUGGUCGUGGUACUUUAACUUCAAAAUCUGAGUACUUUUAUCAAAGGGUUGAAACGGACCAAUCGGAGAAGGAGUUAUCAGCCGAUGUCCCGCCCCCAGAGAUUUAAAAAAUCAACGUGACAGGUGAUUGAGUGUUCCUUGUCUUUAUGUUCUCUAAACCCGUGCACAUUCCUGGUUGUCACGUGCACGGGCUUUGAGGCUGAUUACAGUAUUUCUGAUUGUAUUUCAAGACGCUGUGUGCAGGUCCAGGAGCUUUUUAUCUACAGAAACACAGGUAACAGGUGACUGAUCCACAUAAAAGAGAUGUUCAGUUUGGAGACGUGAAGGAAAGAAAGACGCUGCAUCACACUUUAGAACAAUUUAUACUCAACUAGUUCAUUAUUAUGUCAGAAGUUGGAGUAUGAAUGAACCAACGAUUAAAUUAAUAGUCAACAGUUUUUGAUAGCUUCGGAUUGGUUUAAGCAAUUUGUUUUCAGGAUGAUCACUCUAAAUUCAGUGAUUUCAGGUCUGAGUGAAUAUUUUCUGCUUUCUUUCCUCUGUGACAGUAAACUGAAGAUCUUUGGACUAAACCAGACAUUUGAGGAAACUCUGAUCCACAUUUUUCACCAUUUUAUGACAUUUUAGAGACCAAACAACCAUUUUUUUAAUCAAUAUUUAAAAUAAUCUUCAGUUUCAGAUCUUUAAUAAACCCUCAUUAAACCAAACUCCAUUCAAAAAAGUUUUAAUUUUAAUCCAGACAAAGAAUAUUUAUGAAUAAAUCCUCAUUUUUAGCUCCAAUUUGGUCUUCUCCAGCAGAUUUUACUAUCAGAAUGAUUUUUUUUUUUAAUCUGUCUAAAUUCUGUGAUUCCAGAAUGUGAAUAUUUUCUGGUUUCUUUCAGUAAACUGAAGAUCUUCGGACUAAAUGAGACAUUUUCCACCAUUUUCUGGCCUUUUAGAGACCAAACAGCUGAUUAAUCCUGAAAAUAACAGAUACACUAGAAGUUUAAAUAAUUAUCUGUUGCUCCAGAUAAUGUCCUGUCUGUUUACAUGGUGUUUAAAUCACUCCGUAUUCUAAUAUUCCUCAUUUUCCUGCUCAACUUUCCUGCUCUUUAGCUUCCUGCCUCCAUCCUGUGGGUUUAAAAUGUUUUUCUGUUUGGAUUUGAGCAGAACAAACUCUGAAAGGUGUCACAAUGAACCCGUUCAUUGCCAGACGUCUGUUUCAGGACCAAACGUUUCCUGAGCUGCCAGCGUUGGAUUACAGCACAACUUUAGUUUAUAAUAUGUAAGAAAAAAGGUGGUUGAAGCAAUGAAACCACUCCGGAGGGAUUCCUGCACGAGGCCAAGCUCUACUAAUGAACUUUUAACCCACAGUCCUGGAAUAAGAACUGAUUCUGGAUCAUUGUCGAGUCACAAAACUGCAGUUUACAGCUGAGAGACUCUGUUUGAUACAAUUCAAGUCUGAUCCUCUGGUGGGUUUCUGUUCUGAGACAAACUAGAGACAAAAAAACAUUAAAUAAGAAUCCUUAUGAGGAUGAAUUUUAA